CUUCGCAGGCUCACUUUCAGACCACCCCAUUUCAUCCUCUGCUUCAACAGCAUCGACCCACGAAAAUUGGGCAGCUUCAGAAUCCAUUGCAUGUCCAACGGGAAUCGAUCAGAGGAACUCAAACAUCAGCAUAGUACUCUUGUCAAUUCCUAUAUGUCAACCAAUGGAUAUAAAAAGAAACUUGGAAGUUUAAUUGCUGUGAUCCUUGUGGUUGUCCAAAUAUCUUCUCCGCUUCCUUUGGUUGGUUGGGAGUUUUGGCCUAUAUCACCUGCAAAUGCAGUUCUUUAUUCUCCAGACACCAAGGUUCCCAGAACAGGAGAAUUAGCUUUAAGGAGGGCUAUACCUGCAAACCCAAGCAUGAAGGCCAUGCAGGAUUCUCUGGAGGAGAUACUGUACUUGUUGAGAAUUCCACAGAGAAAGCCUUAUGGAACCAUGGAGGGAAAUGUGAAAAAAGCUCUAAAGAUAGCAACAGAUGAAAAGGACUCAAUUUUGGCAAGUGUACCCGCAGACUUGAGGGAGAAGGGUUCCACCUUACAUGCAUCUCUUAUUGAUGGAAAGAAUGGAUUGCAAGUUCUUCUUGGAUAUAUAAAGGAUAAGGAUGCAGAUAAAGUAUCUGUGGCCCUUGCAUCUUCACUGGAUACCAUUGCUGAGCUGGAGUUAUUACAGGCUCCAGGCCUCUCAUUCUUGUUGCCCGCGCAAUACCAGAGUUACCCAAGGCUUACAGGGAGAGGAACUGUUGAAUUAACCAUUGAGAAGGGUGACGGUUCAACAUUUGCUCCAGAAGCCGGUGGUGAACCGAGAAAGACAGCCACUAUUCAGGUUGUUAUAGAUGGAUAUUCAGCACCGUUAACAGCGGGUAAUUUCGCAAAACUGGUAAGUGAUGGGGCAUAUGAUGGGGCAAAGCUCAGCUCGACUGACCAAGCUGUUCUCUCAGCUAGUGGUUCUGACAAGUACAGUGGUCCUAGUGUUCCUCUAGAAAUAAAGCCAUCUGGGCAAUUUGAGCCCUUAUACAGAACAAAAUUAGAUGUGCAGGAUGGGGAAUUGCCAGUUCUUCCUCUAUCUGUUUACGGAUCAGUUGCGAUGGCACAUAGUGAAGCCUCUGACGAGUACUCAUCACCAUAUCAAUUUUUCUUCUAUCUUUAUGAUAAAAGAAAUGCUGGCUUGGGAGGAUUAUCGUUUGAUGAAGGAGAAUUCUCAGUUUUUGGAUACACAACAGUAGGAAAAGAUAUUCUUUCACAGAUAAAAACUGGCGACGUGAUUCGAUCAGCAAAGCUGGUCGAAGGUCAAGAUCGUCUAGUGCUGCCAAAUGAGAAGUGA